AUGGCAUCAAUGCUUGGCGAGAGACUCUCUUCUGAGAGAUUUCACUUUGGCUUCGACUGGGCUGAAGACGUGGAGGAUGAGCUGCAAGCCCAGCAGCCAUCUGGUUUCAACGGGGAUGAAACGCUCGCCCGGCCUCAGUCUGCAUGGGAAGCCGAAGGAGAUUGCUCAGAGGCAGACCCGAUGCAAAGUGAGGACUGCCAGGAUGAUGAGGUGAGCUUCGAGGAUGAGUGUGGUGAUUCGACAUACGGCACCUGCGAGAAUUCAUCGCAAUAUGAAAGCAUGGAGACCGUAACUCCUCUCACUUUCGAGGAAGAUGUGAAUGAUCAAGUCCUCGUCAACAUUCCAUUGAUCGAGGAGGUCACAUCUGAGGACUGGAUGCAGCAGGGGAUCACGGCAGAGUUUCGAGGACGGGAGUAUGUGACCUCUGUCGACAGCCGGGUCCACCACUUCAACUGGUUUGGUCAUCCAGUUUACCAACCCAGUGCCACGACGCCGGCCGAGUGUCUCGGGGUCAUUCGUUGCGGCCCCAAGGUCCCCAAGGAGAGCGACUCCCUUCGUGUGGAGAGCAUCCUGCAACGAGCUUUCCAAUUCCUUGACCCCAUCGUGGUGAGUCUGAAAGAGAGACCCCAUCCCAACCCCGAGCACCGGGGCCCCAGCUUACCGGACACCACAGAAGACCAUGUCUCCAAGUUCUACACUCCACAUGGUCUCUGGAUCUCCGACUCGUCUCACUCCGCCUCCUCCGAAGUGAUCUCGCUUGACAGCGGUAGCAAGGUCGUAUACCAGAAUCCCAACCUCUCCGUUGGAAAUGGCUUUGUCGAAUCAAGUGUGUUGCUCAGUCGCGUAGAAUGGAGUACAAUCUACCAAGAGAAGCAGGCAUCCCUCCGGUGCUUUCCUGACCUCAGGAAGGACCAACGGUCCAAGCUUCCACCCUCCCGCCUCCGACUGACAACGCUCACUUGUGAAGACGAAGUCAUACUUCCCGGCUCUCCCUUGGUAUCCGACCUGCAGCCUUUCAUGCGCACCGAUCACGAGGAAUCCCCGGUCUCGGAGCCCCGUUUGUCGUCCGGUCUGUGGCAGCCCAUCCAGUCGACCGAUCAUGGUGGAAAGGUCUCAGGAAUAGACACACCACACGGUCUAUGGCAGCGGCCAUCACAUCUCCAGACGAAACAAGCAAAAACACCCGCCUCCACAUCACCUCCAUCGCCCGACCCGCCGCAUACCCUCACGCAACAGAAAGAGAACUCCUGCACGCCAGAAGAAGAGGUAUGUUCGCAAGAAAUCGGCCAGACAAUGCCCGAAGUGGAGAAUACCGCCACGGAAAAUCCACCAUGCCCAUCCACCACCCACUCUCGGAGACGGUGGAUCAAAACCAAACUCCUCCCCGUGUUUGAACCGCUGAAUGAUCCCACUGGUACAUGCUCCGAGGACUAUGAUCCGGGGUCAGCGGCGGUUCAUCUUCAAAAACCUCGAAAGCGCCGUACAAAGGUGUUCAAGGCUGUUGGAAAUGUGUUGAGAUCAGCUUGCAAGUUGAUUCCUUUGCACGAGUGA